AUGACUUGGAUGCUGGAAAAAUCUCUUUGUACAUGUUGUCAGAAUUAUGUAAAAUCAUAGAUCUAGUUAAAAUACCAGGUUAUUUUUCAUCCUUUUAACUUCUUUUUCAUUAUCAUUGUCUGUUUAUUUUGCUAGGGCCAACUCUUGGUACAUAAUAUGAAAGUUCACUGUUUGCACUGUAGCUCUGAUAAAUAAAAUAAAACUUUGAUUUACAAUUACAAAAAAGUAUGAAUUUAUCACUCUUUCUUAGUUAGUUAUUGAUACUGGACCUAUUAUAUAAUGGGAUGAUGCUGCUGUUAAUUAAGUGAUGUAUAUUUGAAUUAUAAACAGUAAUUAAAUACAAUAUUUAAAGACCACAAGAAAGUAAAUAGCUAAAGUAGUUAGUUAAAAGGUCUGGUUGUUAUUAGUUAAAUCAUGUCGUGACGACAUCUAGAGGCCGAGUUUGGUUUCAAUCACUUUAUGUCUUGUCUAAGGCCAGUUGCUUCAUCUUAUAGUUAAAGGGACUUUAUUGUUGUUUUCUGAUUCAAAAGUACACCAUUUUUUUCUUUGUAUAUACAAAUAGUGUGAGAAAGUUAAAACUUAUGGUUAAAGUAAAACUGUAUGCCAAGGAUUGUAGUGUUCUCUAAGUUUUCAUGCAUUAUUGAAAGUAGAAAGAUGUAACGCCCUGCAUAUACACACUGUGCAACUGUUUUAAUCAUAACUUAGUUAUAUUCUCUCUCGAAUGUGGAGGAUGAUCGUAAGGGCAGAACAUAACGGAUAGAAAUAAUAGAAUAAAAGAGCAGAUCUUUGUGGUCAGUGUUUCUUGAGACAGUUUGUUUCACUUCCUUUAGAGCAAUGACAGUAUUUCCUGCUUUGCAAUAGUACAAGCGUACAAUCUAAUAUUAUCUCCCAGAAUGGAAGAAACCAUUACCACUUCUGUAAUUUGUUUUAGUUUCCAGCACCUUUUAAGAUUAUAACGUUAUCUAGUAGUCCACUAAGUUCUCAACGUAGAUGGGGAAGUUAGAGGACCAGUUAACUGCAAUAUCCUGCCUCACCUCUUAUCUGAAUCUGAUCACUAACAGAAGACAAGCCAGGCUGCUCAGUGUAGUAUGUGCAUGUUUGCUGUAGUAUAAAGUUUAGAGAUUAGUGUGUUAGCUGCAGACUGUGUCACCAGAGGCUGAACACUGAAGAGGCAUGCAGGCUGUGAUCGGACUGUUGGUGAUGAUGCUCGGAGCAUCUUACGGUCUGGAAACCUACUGUGACUGCAGAGAGGAUGGAGCUCAGUGUUACGGUCCUUUGGGAGGAACUGUGGUCCUCCAUCUGAUGGACAGAGCCUUACUAACACAAAGAUACAGAUUGUACAAAUCGUCAAUCAUCAUACUUAAUGUGAGAAACAAUAAGAAUUUCGUUCAUGAAACCAGAUCCUCGUUUAAUGUCAGUGAUGGAAAAUUUAGGCUGAACAACCUCAUCAGGAAUGACAGUGAUAAAUAUAAACUUGAAAUCCAGGAUGACAGCAGUAUAACGUCUCGUGUUCUACAAUUGACCAUUCAAGCUCCUGUGUCCUCUGUCCGGCUGGUCUCUGAGUGUCUGUCCCAGGGAGAGAAGAGGGUCUCCUGCUCCGCUGGGGGAGGGGACAGUCCUCAGUACAGCUGGACUCUGGCUGGACACCCACUGAAAGACACUGAGCUCCUCUCUGUAAAUACUGAGAAUGACCGCAUCACUCUGAAACAACACGUCUCAGGAGUAGUGGCAUGCACAGUCAGGAAUAACGUCAGUCAGGUCUCUAAAGAAGAACAUUUCUCUAACUGUGGCUUCAUAUUCAUUAACUGCACCUCAAAUGGGACACAGAUAUCACAGUGGGUGUUUCCAGCUAACAAUACGCUGUGCAUUGAAUCCACAACAUCUCCUACCACGACCUACGAAGCCUCCACUGUCGAUCACUCCCUGCUCAUAUGUGGUGUGCGGGCAGCUGUGGUGGUUUUUGCAUUAAUCGGGAUUGCCGUGUAUUUUGCUUGGAAGAAAAAUAAAUUCAUGAAGGCUGAAGGUUCUACUUACCGUCCAGAGACAGAAUAUCAAGAUGACUCUGUUGUGAUGGUUGAGAUGUAAGGCAUCUGAAGUUUAACUCCCUCAGGUUGUCUCUCAAUGUCUUCAUGCAUGUGAAGAUAGGGAGUGGAAAUAAUCUGCUCUUUUAUUCUAACAUUACUUCUGGCAAAAGUGUUCACAGUUUAGCAGCUCAAUAUGAGUUGUUUGUAAGUGUUGUUUCGCAUUUGUAUCACUGUUGUCACAGAACAAAGGUAGUGAAUUGUUCCUACAGUACAGUUAAUGUGAUCACAAUUCGAGAUGCCUGAAUUGUUUCACUCUUUGUUCAUUCAUGUAAUCAUAGUGUUGAACUCAUAUUGAAUCAUGUGCAUAAUAGUUUGUGUCAUGAUCCUUGUUUCGUGUCUGUCAUGUCCUUGUGUUGUGUCUUAUUUUGAAAUGUUUUCCCCUCUUGUGUCAUGUUUAGCUUCACUUCCUGUCUGCUUUUCCCUCCUGUGUCUGAUUGUGUUCACCUGUUACCCCUGUGUCCCCCCCCCCCCCCCCCCCCCCCCCCUUCCAGCUGUCUCUCUCUUGUGAUUACCCAUAUGUAUUUAGUC